AUGCAACUGCUGUUGUCAUGGCCGAAGAGACUCAUUCAACAAGGAUGGCGUCCUAGACGAAGAUGGCUUUCGACGGUGCUAAAACGAACCGACUUCCAAGCUGUUGAUGCGAAAUGGCAAGCUAUAUGGCAGGAUCGUAGUCCUUCUACCUUGCACAGUGAACAUGAGAAGAGAGAGAAAAAAUAUGUCCUACCCAUGUUUGCCUACCCAUCGGGGUCCCUCCACAUGGGUCACUUGCGAGUGUACACAAUCUCUGAUGUCCUUGCACGAUUCAUGCGAAUGGAGGGCUACGAUGUCCUGCAUCCUACAGGCUGGGAUGCCUUCGGCUUGCCUGCAGAGAACGCGGCGAUCGAGCGUGGUAUCGAUCCUGAGCAAUGGACCAUGGUGAACAUUGAGAAGAUGAAGGGACAAUUGAAGAGUAUGAACACAAGCUUUGAUUGGGAGAAUGAAAUAUCAACGUGUUUUCCUUCCUUCUACAAGCAUACCCAGAAGCUGUUCUUAAUGCUUUACCAAAAAGGACUUGCAUAUCAAGCUGAAGCUGUUGUGAAUUAUGAUCCUGUUGACAAAACAGUGCUGGCUAACGAGCAGGUGGACAACAGCGGCCGGUCCUGGCGUUCUGGGGCUGUUGUUGAGCAGCGCAUGCUCAAACAAUGGUUCUUCCGCAUUACUGCCUUUCAGGAUGCACUGCUCGAUGACCUGGACGUGCUUGCAACAGGCAACCGAUGGCCUGAACGUGUCAUUCAACAACAGCGACACUGGAUUGGACGAUCCAAGGGCGCUACUAUCCAGUUCGAGCUCGUGCUACAAGAUGACAAGAAAGCGCCGGUCAACGUUUUCACCACACGGCCUGAUACUCUAUUCGGCGUUGACUACAUUGCUUUGUCACUGUCUCAUCCUGUCGUCCGCGACCUGGCAUUGUCGAACAAGGAACUAGCAGCUUUUAUAGCAAACAAGGCCAGCUUCAGCCCCGACUCGAAGGAGGGCUUCAAACUUCCAAUACAGGCUACAAAUCCUGCUUCUAUGCUCGACCCUGGCUAUUCCAAGCCCUUGCCAGUCUUCGCAGCUCCUUACGUUCUUGACAACUAUGGAGAAGGAGCAGUCAUGGGUGUGCCGGCCCACGAUGCUCGCGACUUCGCUUUCUGGCGACUACAAAUGCCAGACGAACCAUCUACAGUUGUGGUCAAACCUCAAGAUGCUCAUGAAGAGGGCUCAGACUUGAUCGAGGCAUAUACUGGUGAUGGCGAACUCACUUCUGCCUGUGGGCCAUAUGCGGGCAUGCAGAAUCGCAAGGCGAGCUGGAAGAUUAUCAAAGCUCUUCGUAAGCACGGUUGUGGUAAUCAGGCUCAGACGUGGCGACUUCGAGACUGGCUGAUUAGCAGGCAAAGAUACUGGGGAACUCCGAUACCUAUUAUCCAUUGUGGAUCAUGUGGUGCAGUCCCAGUCCCAGACGACCAGCUGCCGGUACAGCUACCAGCUCUGGGAGGAAAUCCACAAGGUCGCAAAGGAAAUCCUCUCGACAACAUUGAGUCCUUCGUCAACACAAAUUGCCCAAGCUGUGGGAAACCCGCGAAAAGGGAGACUGAUACUAUGGACACUUUCGUUGACUCGUCAUGGUACUAUGCCCGCUUCCUAGAUGCUCAAAACCAGAACGAAUUGUUCUCGAAAGAAUCCGCUACCAAUAUGCUACCAGUCGAUAUGUACAUUGGUGGUGUCGAACAUGCUAUCCUUCAUCUACUCUACGCACGCUUCAUCUUCAAGUUCCUGUGUCAGGAAGGCCUCAUCGCAAGCACUUCUGAACCCUUGAGCAAAGAACCCUUUCAACAACUAAUAGCUCAAGGUAUGGUUCAUGGGAAGACCUUCAGUGAUCCUAACACCGGUCGCUUUCUUAAACCCGAGGAGAUAGUCGUUCAAGAAGACGGAAAAUCGUCAUUAGUAAAAGCAACUGGUGAGGAAGCAGCCAUAACAUGGGAGAAGAUGUCAAAGUCCAAGCACAACGGAGUUGACCCUAUGACUUGCUUCCAAAAAUAUGGCGCCGACAUCACAAGGGCGCACAUGCUCUUCGCUGCACCUCUUAGCGAGGUCCUGCAAUGGGACGAAGAGAAGAUAGUCGGCAUUCAGAGAUGGAUGUAUCGCAUCAGCCGACUGCUAGACGACUACCUUUCUUCACAACCUCGCCAAACCACCACAACCCAGCAGAACGUCACACGAGAUAUAACGACACUCCCUGAACCCUCAGCAAACAUCCUCCUCCACACCUCCGCAACCCUCCGCACCAUAAUCCACACAAUCACCCAAAACAUCUACAACAUCAACACCGUCGUCUCCGAUCUCAUCAAAUUAACCAACGCCCUCCAUGACGUCAAAAUCACCAACCUCGAGCCAUGGGUUGCACAAGAAGUCCUACUGACCUUCGUCAAGAUGCUCGCACCUAUAUGUCCUGCUUUUGCCGAGCAAUGCUGGGAAGAUCUACACAAAGACACUUCUACUACUACAGCACCAUCGACUCCUUCCAGUAUCUUCACUCACUCCUGGCCAGAAACCCUCCUCACGCAAGAAGAAGAAGACAUCCUCAAAUCACGCAAGAACACAAUCACAUGCGCUGUGCAGAUCAACGGGAAACUAAAAUUCACGAUGCAGGUCCCUGCGCCGCCGGUCCAGGAUAAGAAAGUCAUGAAGAGCGAGGAGCAUGAGGAGAGAGUGGUUGGGGCUAUACUGGAUACAGAGCAGGGGAAACUCUGGCUGAAGUUACGGAACGAUUGGGAAAAGAGGAAGAGAGUUGUUGUUGUUGGGGGUGGGAAGGUUGUUAAUGUUGUGUUUUGA